GUGGGACAGUAACGAAUCAGAAACAAUUCCGCAAUGAUUGAUGUCUACGUCGUCCUAUCAGAGCGAUGCUCCACGGUCACAUGAGCGUCGCCAUGGUGCCAUGUCCGGUGUCGGCUACCUCGGCUACAUGCUACACACAUGCUAUCAUCGGCUUUGCUAUGCUGCUGCCGGAAAACAGAGAUGACCAGAAAUGAAACGUGUUUGCUUCUCGGAGCGACUGGCGUCGGGAAAACGCUGUUGCUAAAACGUCUGCAAAAGCUCACUGUACAUGGAUUCGGUGAACUGGGGGCAACUCCUCCCACUCUGCCUACUGUAGGAACCAACCUGACAGACCUGAAGCUGAAGAAGAAGAAGAAGGUGACCGUGAGAGAGCUGGGAGGCUGCAUGGGUCCUAUAUGGCCCAGUUACUUCAAAGACUGCUCUUCCGUCAUGUUCAUGGUGGACUUAGCCAACAUCUCUCAGGUAUCCUCCUCCUGUAUCCAGCUGCUGUCGGUACUCUCUGCUGAGCCACUGCGCAGUGCCUCUGUGCUCAUUCUCUUCAACAAGAGGGACAUGCCCUGCACUAUGAGUCUUAUAGAGAUGAACUCAUUGUUCAGAAUGGAUGACAUCAUUGCAUCUGCUACUCAGCCAAUCACAACACUGGAGCUCAGUGCCCGCUCUGGACAAGGACUUCAGGAGGUUCUCAGUUGGCUGGAGUCUAUCACGGUCAAGUGAUCCAAAUUAUGUUUGUUCCUUAAAAAAUUAUGCUGCUGUCUCAGGACUUUGACUAAUGGUUUCAAGCCUUUUGGCAAAGGACGUUUGUGCCCUCAGUGCACAAAGACUGUUUACGCAACAUUUUUAAGAGGACUUUGUGAUGUGAUCAGUGUUGGACUCACUGAAAAAGAGGCCAGAGGAAAAAGUCUUUGAUACCAUUCGGGUGAAAUGAGAAAGCGAUGUGUCGUUGUGGUUGUAAGGUCAACCCUUUUAACAUCAACACAACUUCACCUUCUUCCAAGUGAACGGAGAGGAGCAAAAAGUCGUCAGGGGUCAAAACUCCAACAACACUUGCAGUAUAUAGAACAUCUUUAUUGCAGACUGACGUGUUUUGGUUUGUGGCCUUCCACAGGGUCGUUUUUUAUUAUUACUGAUCACUUUCACUAGUCGAAAUGCCAGAUAAAUAAACAGUGAAAUGCUGAGAUUCGUGAUUGACGGCAAUGUCAUCAUAGGACUCGCAUGGCAUUGUAACAUCGGAGGACAGUUCAUGCAACUCAAAGAAGUGAUCUGGAAUGUAGUAACUUUGUACUUCAUUUUUAACAAACGGUUAAGUGUGUAGAACAAAUACUAAUAGACUUCUAAUCAUAAUGGGAUGCAGAAUAGAAGUAAUGCGUUAUUACCAGCAGGGGGCAGAAUUUGCCCUGGGUGUGUGCCUGUGUUCUGAUGAUUUCAUGUGAAAUGUAUUCAUCAAAGGAAAUGAGGAAAUGCAAAGCAAUAAAACAACUAAAGAAUGAA